AGCCCACUCUCUCUCUCUCUCUCUCUCUGUAAAAGCCCAAACUAAGCUAUGUUCUCUUCCUAAAGUGGCACUGCUCUGUAAUUCUUCAACCUUUCGAGGCCAAUUAAGAUUGGCUUCGAAUUCGAAUUCGAAUUCAAUAAACUAUGGCUCUAUUCUUGAGUUGUGCUAACGGUAACCAUCGGCCUACUUCGUCUUAUGCCAAUGGCUUGGUGUGUUGUGACGUUUGUGGGAAAGUUCUCCAUGAAGAUUUGUACACUGACGAACCUUCGUUUGUUAAGGGUGCGGGAGGAGAGAGCAAAUUGUCAGGUAGCGUGGUAAGAUCCAUUCAAAGUGGCUAUUCAGAAUCAUUUAGGAGGACUUUAGAUAAAGGGAGAGAUAUGAUAGAAAGUAUCGUUACAACAUUUAAUAUAAGUGGUGGUGACUCUAUGGUUAAUCCAGCCUGUGCAUUUUAUCAGAUAGCUGUUGAACGGAAUUUUACUAGGGGGCGUAAAACAGAUCAAGUUGCAGCUGCUUGCCUUUAUAUUGCAUGUCGUGUAGCUAAAGACCCAAAACCGUUUCUUCUUAUUGAUUUUUCCGAGUAUUUGUCCAUAAAUGUUUAUGUGCUAGGUGCUGUAUUUUUGCAGCUUUGCCAACUUCUAAGCCUUGGAGAGCAUCCUACCAUUAUAAAACCUGUUGAUCCUUCCCUUUAUAUUUCUCGAUUUACAGAAAAAUUAUUAAAGCAAAGAAAUAUGAAGGUGUCUCAAACUGCAUUAUACCUUAUUGCCAGAAUGAAAAGAGACUGGAUGCAGACUGGCAGAAAACCUAGUGGGCUCUGUGGUGCAGCAUUAUAUAUCUCUGCUCUUUCACAUGGGUACAGCUUUUCGAAGACUGACAUUAUUCAAGGUUGUAUUCCCAGAAAUACUCAUUCUUAUGCCUAUGUAAUCAUCUUUCUCGUGUACCAAAUGUGCCUAACAAUUUGUUAUGUAUGUGAUAAUAACGUCACUAAGGUAAAAAUUGUACAUAUUUGUGAAAUGACGCUGACAAAACGAUUGAUUGAAUUUGAGAAUACAGAUUCGGGGAGCUUGACGAUUGAGGAGUUAACCAAAAAUGCUGUAGAGCUAAAGGAGAGUGUACCAUCAGUUGGUGUGUCCCAAAAGUCGGGGGAAGUGCUUUGUGAACAUAAAAAUAGUGGGGCACCUCAUUUUGCCCAUGGACUUUGUAGAUCUUGCUAUGACGCUUUUGUUAAACUUUCUGGAGGACUACAUGGUGGGUCAGAACCUCCUGCUUUCCAGCGUGCUGAAAAAGAGAGAAUAGCCAUGGAAUCUACUAACAAGGCAGAUGAAUCAAGUGUGCCUCAGCAAGAGAGUGAAAACAUUGAACAGGCAAGUGAAUGUCAGUCCUAUUUCGGCAUGCCAACUUCCUCAAAAAAAACUUCCUUAUUGGUUGAGAAAGUCAAGUCUUUCACUGAAAACAGUCAAAAGGCAACUGAGAAUGAACAAUUGAACCAAAGGGAUUUCGCCGAAAACAGCCAAAAAGAAAAUGAGAAUGAACAAUUGAACGAAAGGGAGAAUGGAAGUAAUUCAGCUGCCACCGGAGAUCAGAUUGAAGUAGAUGGUGUUUCUGAUAAAUUUCAGAAAUCUAAGGAUACGAGUUCCAUCACUGAUGAUGAAUCAGAUGGACUUUCUGAUAUUGAUGAUGUUGAGGUUGAUGGCUACCUGAAUAAUGAUGAGGAGACACGUUAUAAGACAAUUAUAUGGGAAGAAAUGAACAAAGAGUAUCUUGAGGAACAAGCAGCAGCAGCUGCUGCUAAGAUGGAAGCUAGUCAGGUAGACUUAGAGAACUGUUCUGAUGAAUUACGAGCUGCGCAUGAAUUAGCUGCAGCAGCUUCAGCAGCUGUGGCCAAGUCAAGAAAGGAGCGAAAACGAACACAAGAUUCAAAUGCCAAUCCUGCUCAAACGGCUGCAGAAGCGGCUCAUCAAAUGCUAAUCAAGAAGAGACUCAGUUCGAAAAUCAACUAUGAUGUGUUGGAGACACUCUUCACCAACGAUCCACCGUCUGAUUCAAAUAAAAAAGCCAAAGCAUCAAAUGAUGAUGGUGAUGGUGAUGCCACAGAGCAAAGUGACGGUGAGAAAGAGCAUGAUGGGGACAUUACAGACAACUAUGAUGAACCAGGACAAGGGUAUGAAGACAUGGAGCAGGAAAAUGACACAGGAAUAUAUAGCAAUGGAUUGCACUAUGACAAUGGAGAGGAUUUUGAUGACUUUAACUAUGAUAAUGGUGACGAUGAAUAUUGAAUCGAAAAGUAAUUGUGUUCGAAGAGGUAGUUCGUGGAAUGUUCUUUUGAAUUCUUUGAAGCCCUUGCGAAGAAAUUAUUAAAUCAGAUUGGAGGCCGACAUAGAAAGGAAAUUGAAAGAAAAAAGAAAUAAUAUUGUAGAAUUUAUUAAGGAAAGGCUUGAACUGGAUGUAAUACGGAUACCUAAUCUUGUGGAGCAAUUCUUCAAGAUACAAUUUGAAUUUACAGCUUUCCUUUUCUAUUUCCUUUUA